CGUACUUCAAUUACAAAUCCUGGCACAGUGGGCACUGGAGCGUCUGUCCUGGGUAGACUUGAUCGACACGACACAGUGGGCACUGGAGCGUCUGUCCUGGGUAGACUUGAUCGACACGAGCUAUUCCUAGCAAGAUAACACACAUUUUUCUUCAUGCAGGAUCCCUCGGGUCAUCUAGAAAAGGGUCUGAGUGGACAGAGUCCCAUUGGUGAACGGAGUCCCUGUGAAUUCCUGCCACCUGCUACCACGAGCUGGAGACGAAGAUCAUCCUCUGCUUUGGGAAGAUUAGAAACAUGUCAGGAAAGCAGUAUCCUGAAACCAGCAGCCAUCCUGGGGGAACCUGUGAUGCUUCGAGCUCAGACAUCUCCCACAAGGCCUCAGCCUUCAGGGAAGCCCAGACUUCAGAGUGUGGAGCCCCCCGACUGGCUGCUGCGGACCUGCCUCACUCAAGAAAGGAUGUGUAGCCACUCGGUCAGCACACUCAGGAAGACACCUCUGCACCACGCAGACCUGGCCCACAGUCUGAGGGCUGAAAAGAUUGAACAUCAAGUGAACCUGGAGGAGCUACAACAUUUACACGCUCUCUUUGAGGAACAUGGAAGGAGAGGAAGGCAUCUGCUGGAUAUGGAGACAUUCAAAUGCAUAAUGAAGCAAAGUAUGAGACCACACAGCCAAAGUAUUGGACAAAUAGAGCAACUCUUCAUGAAAAUAGACUAUGAGGCAGUAGGGAGAAUCCAGUGGGACAGUUUGUGCACAUACCUACAGCUCGAGUACUCGGAGCAAGCCAAGGCUGCGGCCCGGCGGGCAGAGGCUACCCUCCUGUUGCCUGCUGUACAGCAGAGGCUGUCAUAUGGGAGGCCCAUGCUACGCAUUCUCUCUAUGCCUGAUGACACCUUAAUCACCAUCCGAGAAGAUGGAGCUAUUUAUUUCUGGUCCCUGCAGCUGAAGUUGAAAAGAAAAAAGCCAAUUUUUGGCAAGUCCACCAGUCGCAAGUCCCAGUGGGUGACAGACAUUGUCAGCAUGCCCCAGUAUAACAAACUAAUCGUUGGGACUGGGAGCCGGAAGCUGCAGCUGUAUGAACUCUCAAACUUGGAGCCUUACUGUCAGAUCGGUGGCCUGGAAGCUGUCCCCCUGAAACUGGACUAUUGCUCCAUGGAGCAUGACAAGUGCCUGAUCCUCUAUGGCGAUGACCAGGGAUGUGUGAACAUUAUGGUUUUGACAUCUGCAGGUGAACUAUUAAGAACUUGGAAGAAGAUGCCUAAAGAUGAAGACAUGCCAAGCAUCUCCAUUCACACUGCUGCAGCCUCUCCAAACACAGAACACAUUUGCUGGAAGGUGCACGGAGACUGUGUCACUCAGCUGAACUACUAUGACUCUAUGAAAGCUGUCAUUUCCAGCUCCAAUCAUGAGCCCACAGCUUUAGUAAUAGGGUUCACUAUGGGAGCAACAAAUGUCAAGGAAAAGCUAAAAGAAAUAAGGAAUGCUGGGAAGACUGUCAAGAUGGGGAAAAGCUCAGCAUCACUUGCCCUGCCCCAAAGGCGAGCAGAAUGUGGUCACACUGUGUUCUGCAUCCAUAAAGGAGUCAAGACAUUCUCCUUUUGUAGAACAAAAAACCUGCUGGUGACAGGUGGGGUGGAUCGAAUCGUCAGGGUCUGGAAUCCUUAUCUCCCAGGAAAACCAACAGGUGUGCUGAGAGGCCACAUGGCACCUGUGGUGUAUGUACACAUAUCUUCUGAAGAAAACAAAGUGUUUUCCGUGUCUGCUGACAACACUGUCAAGAUCUGGGAUCUGGAGACGCACGGCUGUUGCUUUACAGCUUCUUCCAAAGCCAGUGGUAUCAAGGGAGAACUUGCCGCCUGCCUCUACCUCUCUGGACCAAGAGCUCUGUGUGUGGCCACAGAUGCCCUGGCUUUUCUUCACCUGAAAGCAGGAUCCGCCCCAGAGCCCCACCUGGCACGUUCCCACCAAGAGCCUGUGGUAUGCUGCAGAUACAACCCAACCUUCAGGCAUGUGGUCAGCUGCUGUGAAGCAUCUGUAGUGAAAGUGUGGGACUUUGAAACAGGAAGACAGGUGUCUGAAUUUAUUGGGACUCAUGGCAAUGCUGGUAUCACCUGUCUGACUUUUGACUCCAGUGGAAGAAGGCUCAUCACUGGGGGCAGAGACGGCUGUCUGAAAAUAUGGAGCUACAACAAUGGACACUGUCUCCACACCCUUCAGCACGAUGAAAAUCGAAGUGAAGUCUGCGAUUGUACCUACAUGGAGGUGAACCAAAAUAGGUGUGUCAUAGCUGUUGGAUGGGACAGAAGAAUAAAUGUGUAUUUUGACAUACCUUGUGAUUUUCAUCAUUUCUGGAAGCCUCAACCCCACUGGCAGGACAACCUGAACCAUGGGCACAAAGAGGACAUCCUCUGUGUGGCCCAGUGCCCACCUUUUCUUCUGGCCACCUCCAGUUAUGAUGGAGAGAUAAUAGUUUGGAAUGUCAUCUCAGGCCACGUGCACUGCAAGUUGAACUCUCCCAGCCCCGUGGAUGACCAGGACCCUGGAGAAGGCCAAGACAGGAGUGUUUCCCGACUCGCCUUCCUAAAGACUCGAGCAACAAAGUUGGACUCAGCAGCUGCUUCUCUCAUAAGCAACGGACCCGAAGGUUCUGUCAAUUUCUGGAAACUCUUUAGUGGAGCUGGCCUCAUAGCAAACUUUAUUCCGUCCAGAGGGAAUGCCCGGGUGAGCAGCAUCGUGGUGACAUCAGAAGACACGCUCACCUACCUGGCUGACCAGCAAGGCUUUGUACAUGUCUAUGACAUCCAGAAGUAUGGUCUCCAGGGACCAGAGUUACAGGCUCCCAACACAGUGACAUCAUGGAAGGCUCAUGACAGCACGGUGACAUCUCUGGAGCUGAUAGAGAGAGAUGACAUCUUACUGUCAUCCUCCCUUGACUGCACUGUGAGCCUGUGGAGCAGAGAUGGCGCGUACAUCGGGACCUUUGGGCAGAAUCACCCCUGGGAUGUUUUCACCCCUGCCUCCUGGAGUCACACGAAAGUCCCCUUUGAGAUUCUGACAGCCCCUCAGAGCAUGCCCAGUCACCUGGUACUGGAAACAGACACAGGAACUGGGUGUCCCGGAGGAUGGCCGGAGCAGGACGACGUGAUGGAGAAGGCGGCCCUGUGCGAGACUGAACAGACCCCUAACCUCCCUUCCCCAGAAGGUCCCACUGUUGAAGCGGAGGUGGAAGAAGACAAAAGCCGAUGGUCUGCAUUUUGCCGUGGCAGGUCGGUCUGGAAAAUCAGACUGCUGCCAGCACGAAGAAAACCUCGCUGGAAGAUGCCCGAGCUCAAAUGGCCCAGCAUUUACCAGGCCCUCCAGUGUCACGAGGUCACCUGUGUGUCUGCUCUCGGGGAGAAGCCAGAUCUGUCCAUCAUUGGCUCUGAUAUGUUCAACAUCAGUUUCCACAGCCAGGAAAGAGGAGCGGAGCUUCUGGGAAGGAAGGAACUCUCACCCUGGAGCAGUCUUUCCUGAGUGCUGAGGACCUCAACUUCCUUGCUUGACAGUUCUUUCCUGUGUAAAUAAAGGUCUAUUUGAGAUUAAGCUUUGCUCUGUGGGAGCAACGAAGACCAAAAUAAAAAAUGAACUCAGCCCAGGUGGCUUCAUCCGAAGCAAUUAGAGCUGAAAUUUCAGAGAA